AUGGCUUCUUCUUUCAUAAUAACCGUAACCGUUUUCAUCACCACCGUCAUAAUCGCCGUGAACGGUUGUUCUCCGUCUGACAGAUCAUCACUCUUAGCCUUCAAGGCGGCACUCAAGGAGCCCAACCACGGCAUCUUCAACUCAUGGUCCGGCGAAAACUGUUGCGGUAACUGGUACGGCGUCAGCUGCGACUCCACCACCGGCCGUGUCACUGACAUCAACCUCCGUGGCGAGUCAGAGGAUCCAAUCUUAUCCGGACGCUCCGGCUACAUGACCGGAAAAAUAUCACCGGAGAUCUGCAAGAUCGACCGCCUCACCACUCUUGUCGUCGCCGACUGGAAAUCCAUUUCCGGAGAGGUUCCUCAAUGUGUAACCUCCCUCUCUAACCUCCGCAUCCUUGACGUAAUCGGAAACAAACUCACCGGCAAAAUUCCUUCCGACAUCGGAAAACUACAACGCCUCACCGUUCUUAACCUCGCCGAUAAUUCAAUCUCGGGCGAGAUUCCGUCCUCGAUUGUCGAUCUCACUUCUCUCAAACAUCUCGAUUUAAGCAACAACGUUCUCACCGGAACAAUUCCCGCUAACUUCGGAAAACUCCAAAUGCUAAGCCGCGCAUUGCUGAGCCGGAACCGACUCAGCGGUUCAAUUCCGGUUUCAAUUUCAAAAAUCUACCGGCUCGCUGAUUUGGAUUUGUCGACGAACCGGUUAACCGGUUCAGUUCCUGCCGAACUCGGCAAAAUGCCGGUUCUAUCAACUUUAAAUUUGGAUAGUAAUUUACUUUCGGGUCAAAUACCUUCGAGUUUGUUAAGUAACUCGGGUUUGGGUAUAGUAAACCUAAGUCAUAACGGGUUUUCGGGUACCAUACCCGAUGUUUUCUGCCCGAAAUCCUAUUUUAUGGUUUUGGAUAUGUCGUUUAACAAUUUGAACGGGCGGGUACCCGGUUCGUUAUCGUCGUCGAAAUAUAUCGGGCAUUUUGAUCUUAGCCAUAACCAUUUGUGUGGACCUAUACCAUUGGGUUUGGGUUCAACCUUUGAUCAUAUUGAAGCGUCGUCGUUUAAUAACAAUGAUUGUCUGUGUGGAAACCCAUUGAAGACUUGUUAA